UUUGAGGUUAUGUAAGUGUUUUUGUUUACCUCUUCAAAAAUGUUAAAUUCAUUCACAAAAAUCUUCAAUAAAUCCCUUAAUUUACCAUGCACCCCUUUAAAAUUAGCCCGAAAUUUUGCCACUCCGACUAGAUUCUACAAAAAUACCAGCAUUUUGAAAAGCGAGGGCAAAUAUGAAAUCACCCUGGACCAACGCAAAUUGAAAACGCCUAAUGGAACCCCUUUUUACGUGGAAAACGAGCCUUUAGCCCUGGCAGUUGCUUCAGAAUGGAACGCUCAGAAAAAUAAAAUCAUACAAAGCAAAAUGCACAUAACUACUUUAUGCAAUACAGUCCUGGACAAUCCAAACAAGCUAACAAAACUAGAUAUAGUAAAUUAUAUAGUAAACUAUCUAGAUACUGAUACAAUUUUGUAUCAAGCCAAUGAAGAUGAAGACCUAAUGAAAUUCCAAAUGGCCGAAUGGGACCCCGUAAUAGAAUGGUUCAACAAAAGAUUCAAUGUAAAGCUGAAAAAAUCAAUACAAAUGGAUGUUUCACCAAUAAGUGAAGAGGACAAAACGAUUAUUACCAAGCAUUUAAUGUCACAUAAUUUUGCAACAGUAAAUGGUUUUAUGUAUGGUGUGGACACAUUGAAAUCAGUAAUUCUCACUUUGGCCGCAACUGAAAAGUUCCUAACACCAGAAAAAGCAGUUCUAUUGUCCAGACUGGAAGAAGAAUACCAGAGUGGUAGAUGGGGCCGGGUAGAGUGGGCUCACGACUUGAAUCAACUAGAAUUACAAACAAGAUUUUCUUCAGUGAUACUUUUUGUUUAUUACAAUUCACAAUCUUAUAUGGUUCGAGAGAAAAAUAUACUUGGUUAAUUAGUUAAUUCUUUUUGGGUUUUAAUCAGAUUUUCAAUGUAUUGGGUGUAUAGUUUUUGGCUUUUGGUUAAAAUGUAUAAUCUGUUUGGUAUUUUGCCUAAAGAAGCUAAUUGUUUGACUCGUUCUAAUGUUGUUUCAGUGCUGUGCAAAAGUAUUUUAGGUGAUUUACAUAUUUGGUCUUCAUUAAAGCCUUGUUUACACAACAAAUCGAUCAUUAAAUUCAUUUUGGAUAAGCUUUUAUGUUGCAACUGAGGAUGCUUUCUUAUAAGGCUUUUGGCAUUGGCUUCACCGCAAUGAAGUUUUUUUGAUAAAUAUUGCACCAGGGAGUUUUCUCCUAGAAUGACGCGGUUUUCAGAUUGGCGC